AUGUCCUCCACCGCAUUGUUUGGUAAUACAUCAGGCUUGGGCGGGAGCUCAGGAGGGAACAAGCACUUGGUGGAAUUUCGUGCUGGUAGGAUGACCCUGAAAGGGAGGAUGGUACACCCUGACAAAAGGAAGGGCUUAUUGUACGUGUAUCAAGGCGAAGAUUCCCUGAUGCAUUUUUGCUGGAAAGAUCGAACAACUGGCGAAGUAGAAGACGAUCUGCUGAUUUUUCCUGACGAUUGCGAAUUCGUUCGUGUUAGUGAAUGCACUACAGGCAGAGUUUAUGUGCUCAAGUUCAAGUCAUUCUCAAAGAAAUAUUUCUUUUGGAUGCAGGAACCAAAAACUGAUAAGGAUGACGAUUAUUGUCGUCGCAUUAAUGAAGCUCUAAACAAUCCACCUACAUCGGGUGGCCGCGGUGGCGGUGGUGGAGGUGCUCAGGACGGGGAACUGCAGAAUCUGCUCAACAAUAUGUCUCAGCAGCAGCUCAUGCAACUGUUUGGAGGAGUCGGCCAGAUCGGAGGGUUGUCUUCACUACUUGGCAUGGGCAACAAUAGCAGCAACAGCGGUAACACGAGCACGCGUCCUUCGGCGGGUAGCACCGCGAGUUCGCGCGGCGGCAGUGCACCCCGCGCAGAGCCCGCGCGCGCUACGCCAGCCCGUGCUCCUCCUGCACGGGACGCACCUGCUACACCCCCAAACACCGCCAGCACUGUGCCACCGCCUCGCAGUGGUCAGAUAUAUCUGUCUGAUCUGCAACGCUACUUCUCUGGCCUAGGGAAUGCUCCACCGGAUAGCGAGGCCGCUGGCAACGCAGUUGCGGGAGUCGCCGGAGCGGCGGGUGAGAGCGCAGGUGCUGCCACCACCUCUGGUAGCGCGGCUGGGGCACGCGUGGACCUAGCAGCGGCGCUGGCGUCACCCGAGGUAGUGAGCACGGCAACAGCGCCGCCUAAUGCUGCGCGUUUGACGCCGCACCUGCCGCCGGCGCCGUCGGCCGGUCCGCAAGACGAUGUAAGGACCACACUGCUCUCACCGCAGUUCGCUCAGGCGGCGAAUCAGUUUUCAUCAGCGCUGACGUCAGGACAAAUGGGUCCAGUAAUGACUCAAUUCGGCCUCGCGCCGGAAGUGACGGCAGCUGCCAACACGGGAGACAUGCAAGCUUUCUUUAAGGCUCUUGAGACCACCAGUUCCGGAGGUUCCGAUGACAAAUCAGACGACAAAAAGAAAGACAAUGAUAAGAAUAAGGACGAUAAGCCGAAAGAAAACCCUAAAGACAAAGAAGACGGUGAUCCUGGGAUGUCUGUGGAAUAAUUUUGUUUUAUACCUGACAAUUUUUACAAGCCCACAGUAUAUAAAGAUGAUACUGUUUAUUUAAAUCUUUCAAUUCUUAUUGUGGUUAUGUGUGAGUAAUGUUUGAAUUAGAAUAAAACAGAAAAUUGUUUUGCUAUAUACAAUGUAUAAAUAAAUUUAAUGGAUAUCAUAAUUCGGG